AUGAAGCGAGUCAAGAUGCGUUACCAUGGGAUGUUCAAUUACCCCAAUGGUCGGAAUAUCACAGAAGACGCCGAUCCCCCCGGCGAAAAUCAAUACGUGACUGUCUUCUUCAACUGGUCUGAUCGCCUCCGCAAUGACGGACAGCUCAUGGAUCUCGUCGUGGACCACAUUAUGGCCCGAGACGGAAUCAUCACCCCCACACCUGUUCACCACGACAUCCGAUUCUGUCUCUCUUUGCAGAUUCCCAGACACUGGAACCCUACUGAUGCUUCCGUUACAUCAAUUGCAAUUGGCAUUGCCCAAUGGUACAAGAGCGAGAUUAUCCAUGCUGGCAUGAACAUCGAUAGGAGCUACUUGUUCCGCUUUGCACAUCGGCCAGGCGAGGAGGGUACACCGUUGCCCUACACUGCCUCCCCGAUCAAGCUACUAUGGAGCGAUCUAUGUUUGUUCUUGAGCCUUGUUAGGCAUCUGCCGGGCAUUUUUCUACCCCUGCAUUUAUGUCGCGCCCGCCCAUUAGACGAGUUUUAUCCCUCGAUACACAAUAUAUUUAUUGUGGCAGUUCAUCUGUUUCUCGCGGUUUACCAAGUUGUAUUCCUGGUCUCCCUUCCGCUCUUGGUGAUUUGCAUGAUCCCCGGCCUAUGGAUCCUUGCAUAUUUUGUUGUUGGAAUUAGCUUCAACUAUGCGAUCGUAAUGUUUUGCUUGAAUGGGGUUGACCAAAUUCUUGUUUCUGCGGUGCCUGUGGCUGAGCGACCAGGACAUGAUCGUGAGUGUUGGCUGUUUAUAAAUGGAAUCGCGGCUGGAGAUCGAUGGGUGCAAAUGAACAUUGAUCAGCUGUCAUACACCUUUGGACGGAAGUCUAGUGCCGGUGUGGUUUUUGAUUUGAUCGAGUGUUUGAUUCAACGCGACUUCUCAUACGCUACUGGCGAUAUUCGAAGAGCAUAUGCUUUGGUUAAGAAAGCGCUCUUAGAUCCUGAAUGUGACAAGGUCGUUUUGAUUCUUCACAGCCAAGGCGGCAUUGAAGGUGGAUUGGUCAUGGACUGGCUUUUGGAUGAGCUACCGCACGAUCUUCUCCACCAUUUGGAAGUAUAUACUUUCGGAAAUGCGGCGAGCCACUUCAAUAAUCCACGAUGGACGAAGUUGGCAAGACCAGAAGCGGUGCAAACACAGGAUUUGGUGCAUCAGUUUGGUCAAUCCAUCGGCCAUAUUGAGCACUACGCCAACUCAGGUGAUAUUGUAGCACUAGGAGGCGUGCUUCACUUCGUGGACAUCCCCAAUCGAUAUAUGGGCCGGCUUUUCGUCCGUCCAAACUCAGGACAUGUGCUCAAUAUGCAUUAUCUGAGCAAUAUGUUCACUCUCGGUCCUGACAUGAAGGUCCUCGAGUCCAACCCUUUCAUGGACAUGGAGGUCGAACCCUGGGCAACUGCCGGGAUAAACGGGUAUUCUGGUCCUCCGCAUAGAGUCAGAUAUCAACCCACUAUAGCCCGGGAUGAGGCAUUUCUUCCCGCCGCACUGAGCCUGCAACGAUUUCAGCCGAAUGGUACGAGUCGAAUACUGCGUGUCAAAGAUUUCAGUCGACUUUGGCAAUAUAGAAAUGGAGGAUCACCCCAAGUGCCCAGUAACAUGAUUAGUGAGGCGAUCAUGUAG